ACCACGCAUCGUGAGCUCCACCUGCAUCUCACGCCUCAUCAACAUCACCAACAUGGGCGGCGAAUCCCAUCGCAUCAUGCCUGUAUCUAAGGAAUACCCGAAGCUCGCGGCCGGCCCUGUAGGCAAGCAAAUUCAUCAUAUCUACCAAGACCGGCUGAGGCAGUUCACCGAUGGCGGGCAGUAUCGUGAGCAAGGGCUGAUGCCUAAGAUCACUGAAAGCCGUGCCACAGGUACAGACUGGGUCAAACUGUCCGUCUACUCCCCUCCCAACCUCUCCCGACCAACCUUCAAAGAAGCUACCUGGAACAAAUUCAAGCCCACUCACGUUGGCGAGUCCUUCGGUCCUAGUUGGUCGACGCAUUGGUUCAAGGUGCAACUCACAGUCCCCAAGUACAUGCGCGAGAAGGAGCGUCUCGAGUUCCACUGGGAUGCCAACAAUGAGGGCCUAAUUUGGACUGAGAAGGGCGAUGUGGUUCAUGGAUUGACCGGUGGAGGAGAAAGGACCGAAUGGAUACUACCUAAGGAGUUUAGGGAUGGGAAAGAGCAUGUGUUUUAUAUCGAGAUGGCUUGUAACAAGAUGUUCGGGAAUGCACCCGACGGUGACUCGAUUCAGCCGCCGGAUCCAAACAUGACCUAUCAAUUGCAUACUGCAGACAUUGUAGCCAUCAACCUCAAGGCUCGCGCGCUGUACUAUGAUUUCUGGGAAAUCGGAGAUGCAGCGCGGGAGUUUCCAAGCGACUCCUGGGAAAAGGCUCAAGCAUUGCAGAUUUGCAACCGCAUCAUGGACACUUUCAUCGCUGGCGAUGGGAGCAACGAGAGUAUUGCGAAGUGUCGCAAGAUCGCGAGCGAGUAUAUCGGAGACGUAGACACGCACAAAGUUUACAACGGCGACAAAGAGGCAAUUGUGUCCGGCAUUGGGUACUGCCACAUUGAUACCUGUUGGCUUUGGCCUUUCGCUGAGACCAAGCGAAAAGUUGCGCGAUCCUGGUCGAAUCAGCUUGACCUGAUGGAUCGAUACCCGGAGCUCCGGUUCUGCUGUACGCAAGCGCAACAGUAUAAAUGGUUGGAAUUGUACUACCCUGGAGUGUUUGAUCGGGUCAAGAAGAAGGUCAAGGAAGGUACAUUUCAACCUAUUGGUGGCAGCUGGGUUGAACACGAUACUAAUCUUCCAAGCGGAGAGUCGCUAGUCAGGCAGUUUCUUUAUGGGCAACGGUAUUUUGAGAGCCGUUUUGGACAGCGAUGCAAAACCUUCUGGUUACCGGACACAUUUGGAUAUUCCACUCAACUGCCUCAGGUUUGCCGCGGUGCUGGCAUGACAAGAUUCCUGACUCAGAAACUGAGCUGGAACAACAUUAACAACUUCCCUCACACCACCUUCAAUUGGGUCUCACUCGACAACAGUCAAGUCGUCUGUCACAUGCCACCAUGUGAGACAUACACUGCGGAGGCUAACUUUGGGGAUGUGAAGAGGAGUGUUUCGCAACACAAGUCCUUGGACCAGGAUAACACAUCCCUUCUUGUCUUUGGAAAGGGAGAUGGGGGAGGUGGCCCAACUUGGGGACAUCUCGAGAAAUUGCGACGAUGCCGUGGCAUGGCUGACAAGACUGGACUUGUGCCACGUGUCAAGCUUGGCGAUUCAGCAGAUGACUUCUUUGACCGACUGGAGAAGAAGGUCGAAGAGGGCCUUGAGCUUGCUACGUGGUAUGGCGAGCUUUAUUUUGAGCUUCACCGAGGCACCUACACCACACAGGCAAACAACAAGCGCAACAACAGGAAUGCUGAGAUUAUGCUUAGAAACAUCGAAUACCUAGCAACUCUCGCGACGAUCAAGGAUAACUGCGGCAAGAAGAGCUCGUACAAGUAUCCGAAGAAGGAGCUCGAUGAUAUGUGGGAAUCCACUCUACUCUGCCAAUUCCAUGACUGCCUGCCUGGAAGCUCUAUUGAAAUGUGCUAUAAAGACUCAGAUGAGAUAUACGCCAAUGUAUUCAAGACGGGAGAGAAACUGAUCUCUGAGGCACUUUCGGAACUGGGCUUCGAUGACGAACCUACCGCCAACAGCAAACUCGCCGCUCUCAACACCCUCCCGUGGCCACGAACGGAGAUUGUUAAAUUACCCCCCUUAGCAAACCUCCCAUCAUACGGUCUUGCUCACGGCAGCGGUGCCGGCAUCAUGGACAUCAGACCGCUUGCAUGUCCCUACUCCGCACACAUUGCUUCCAUCAAAGAAAUCCGAAAGGGCGUUUUUGAACUCAGCAAUGCCCAGUACAAAGUCGGGGUUUCUAACGGCGUCAUUACUUCCCUCUAUGACAUCUCCGCUAAGCGCGAGAUUAUUCCGAAGGGCAAGAAGGCAAACCAACUUGUCAUUUUCGAUGAUAAACCGCUGUACUGGCAGGCUUGGGACGUGGAAUUAUAUCAUCUUGAAUCUCGACAGGAACUCAGACCAUCAAAGAGCUCGAUUUCGGAAGAUGGACCUUACCGCGUUUCUUUGGAUAUCGAAACCAAGAUUUCAGAGAAAUCUUGGAUCAAAACAACAAUCACGUUGCCGGCUGUUGUUAACAACACGCCUACAUACAUUGAAGUCAGGUCCGAUGUCGAAUGGCACGAAACGAUGAAGUUCCUCAAAGUCGAAUUCCCCGUCGACAUCGUCAACACAGAAGCAAGCUAUGAAACCCAAUUCGGCAUCGUCAAGAGGCCGACGCAUUACAACACUUCCUGGGAUAUGGCGAAGUUCGAAGUGUGCUGUCACAAGUGGGCCGAUUUAUCCGAACACGGCUACGGAGUAUCGAUCCUAAACGAUUCUAAGUAUGGCUUCGCAACCGCCGGAAACAUAAUGCGGCUCUCGUUGCUUCGCGCGCCCAAGGCGCCAGAUGGCCACGCAGACAUGGGCCGCCACCACUUCCGCUACGCCAUCUUCCCGCAUAGCGGGCCACUAAGCGCGACCACCGUCCAAACGGCACUCAACUUCAACAACCCGCUCAAAAUCAUCGGCCACAAAACGACCGCCUCUCUUUCUCCCUCUCUGCCUGGAAGCCGCAGCCUCUACGCCCCAUACACCACACCGUCCCUCCUCUCUUCUCUACGUAUAUCUAGCGCGCCAAACCUCAUCCUUGAUUCCAUCAAGCGCGGCGAAGACGACGAGGAUGUCUCACGCGGCGAACUCCCUGUCCGCAAGGAAAAGAGUGUUAUCUGUCGCCUGUACGAUAGCAUGGGAGGGAAAUCUACCGGGAUGUUGAUUUGGGGCGGUUUGCCGGUUAAGAAAGUGCUUAAGACUAAUUUGUUGGAGGAUGAAAUUGAGGAUUUGAGUGAUAAGUUAGUGGACCUUGACGGCGGGAAUGGGAGCGGGAGGGAGAGAGGGAUUAAGAUUGAGGUUAGGGCCUUUGAGAUUAUGACGAUCAGGUUGGUUUUAUGAAGGGGAUGGGGGCAGGGGCGAAAGAUGAGGAUCCUGGUGGAUAGAUGGGAUGGGCUCGGAUAUUUGAGAGAUGGCGUCUGCUAGUAUGUACUUCAAGCAUCACGCUCACAGAUAAAUUGUAUAGGCGUACAUAUGAG